AACAGCUGAAGAGAGAGAGAGAGAGAGAGAGAGACCGAUCUUCCUCUAUCGAUCUCUACUCUUUCCUCUCCGCCUUUUCAGAUUCUUUGAAAUUUUUGUUUCAUCGCGAAACUCGAAAGUGAAAACGCAUUCGAUUGGCUCUCAAAUCCCACACUUUACGCUGACGAUUUUGAUUGAGAUUGAAAGGGCUUGGUAGUCAACAGGGAAAGAGUAACUGCAGUGGCUCAGUUUCACGGGAAAGUGAUUCUUUUGUUGAACAAUGGCUUAUAUGCUGAUAUUUCAGUGAUUACUGCCUUUGCAUUGUAAAUUUGUUCAUUUUUCAUUAUGUGGAAUUUUGCAUCAAAUGCCCUUACAUGCCUUAGAGUGAAAAGAAGCUCCAAAGAGCUCAGUCAAAGUUGUGCAGAGUGCUCAGAUGAUGAGGUCUGCUCUAAUGGCAGCAGAGAUGAAGGGCUGGAAUGCCCAAUAUGUUGGGAAUCCUUCAACAUAGUUGAGAACGUGCCUUACGUCUUAUGGUGUGGUCACACCCUCUGUAAAAAUUGCAUCCUAGGACUUCAGUGGGCUAUGAUGAAAUUUCCUACUCAACGAAUCAAGAUUCCGUUCUUCAUUUCUUGUCCAUGGUGCCACAUGUUAUCAGUACGAUUUGUUUACAAGGGAAAUCUUAAAUAUCCUUGCAAGAACUACUUCCUUCUUUGGAUGGUUGAGAGCCUGAAUGGUGAUAGACAUAAGAUCGUUUCAACUUGUGUGGACAGCCAACCAAUUUGGUCUCCCAAGUGCAACCUUCUGGGAAGUCAAGCUACUAAUUGUAAUCUUAGAAGGGCCUCAGUAAGUCAUCGUUCUAGACUGUUGGGAUCUAACAGUGAUGUUGGUGUCAGUGAUGGAGAGAGACACUACUUUUCCCUUCACAAAUCUCUGGAUUUCUUCAUUCACUUUACAUCCAAGUUCCCCUUGGUCAUCAUUUUCCUUCUGAUAGCCUUUUUUGCCAUUCCCUGCAGUGUUGUUAUUUUAAUCCUUUACUUGCUAGUCACUAUUCUUUUUGCUAUCCCAUCAUUCCUUGUCUUGUACUUUGCAUGCCCUACGAUCCAGAGGCUGAUAACAGAAAUAACUUCUUGAGAUGUAGCCUCCCUUCAACAGACAAUUGCAGCAUGCCAAUCCAACUUCUACAAAUUCACUGUAUACCUUUGUAUUGAUUGUUCUACCUUAAUUUCGUUUUUAGUUAUUUUUAGGUUUUAAUAUCUCUAUGUUUCUUUUUUCUUUUUUUUAAUUUUUAUGCCUUUUUCAUAUGAACUUUAAGUUGAAAAUCUUGAGAGGAACUUUAUUUUGUGGCCGUUGUAAUUUGAUUUUUAAUUCGUUUUCCUCCUGAAGUGGGUGAUUAACUAUUGUACAGAGAACCAGUUUGACAUACUGAAAAUUUUAA